AUGACCCUCACGCACGACCGACCACAGAGCCCUGGGGCUGAUGAUAGCGUUGACUCCGACCCCGCCCUGCUGAAGAGGAUGAAGACGAGCCAUAUAUCCAACCCCGACAGUGUCGCCGAUCACUUCCAUCCUGACCUCUUCGUGCCGGGAAAUAUCCAUCGUCUUCACUCCGAGUACGACCAGAGCUCCCCGUACAAGCAUGCUGUCGUCGAUAAGCUCUUCCAGGACGACCUGCUCCAGCGUGUCAAGGACGAGGCGCUGUCAGAGCUCAGCUUUUCCGAGAAGGAGACAGACAUCUACAAGGUGAAGCAGACGGGAGACCUCGCAUCGCUUUCGUUUCUCACUGACGAGCAGCGUGCGCUGCUGCCCAACCUUCUCACUCUCCGCGAUGCGCUCUACUCUUCCAAGUUCCGCGCGUUUCUGCGCGCGGUGACCGGCUGUGGCCCCUUGUCUGGCACGAAGCAGGACAUGUCCGUUGUCUCAUACACAAAGUCGUGCCAUCUGCUCAACCACGACGACGUAAUUGGCACGCGCCGCGUCUCGUACAUUCUAUAUAUGCCCCUUCCGAACUUCAAGGGAUGGCAGCGGGAAUGGGGCGGCGCGCUUGAGCUCUAUCCGACCAAGCUGGGCCCGGACGGCGUUCCUGAACCUGAAUCCGUGCCAAGCAAAAAUAUCCCGCCAAGCUGGAACCAGUUCGUCUUUUUCGAGGUCCAGCCAGGGAAGAGCUUCCAUUCCGUGGAGGAAGUCGUCGUAGGAGAGCGCGAGGACGGUAGGGAGCGGCUGAGUAUCAGUGGGUGGUUCCAUGCCGCACAGCCAGGCGAGGAGGAUUACCUGCCCGAGAGUGCACCCGAAGUGAAAAGCUCACGCGAGCAGCUCACGUCUACAUCUACCGACUUCAAGUCCUACUCUGACAUAGACGAGCCCCCACUCCCCGAUCAGCCACUCUCGGAGAGCGACAUCUCCUUCCUCUCCCAGUUCAUGAACCCCGUAUACCUCCAGGCGCGCACGAUGAAAGCCUUGGCGUCGCGCUUCGUCGAAGAGUCCUCUCUCGAGCUGCACGAGCUGCUCUGCGCCCCACUCGCCGCGAAACUUGAGUCGGGCCUUCGCGCCACCGACGCAGCGGACGGGCUCGGCCCAUCGCGCGCGACGCCCAUUCCUUCGCACACCGCGGGCACACGGGGGGCGUGGGCACUCAAGGGUCCGCCGCACAAGUGGCGGUACUGCACCCUGCGGGGGCACGAGCACGGCGGCGCGAGCCGGACGGAGCCGCGCUGGGCGCAGGACUCGCCGGACGAGAUCGUGCGCGCGCUGCAGGACGAGCUCGUCGCGAGCGCCGCGUUCCGCGCGUGGCUCGGGUGUGUGUCGCGCUUGCUCCCGCUGCGCUACGCGGUCGAGGCGCGCCGCUUCCGCCCCGGACUCGACUACACGCUCGCGACGGGUGAGACGAGGGAGACGCGGCUGGACGUCGUGCUCGGGCUCACGCCGCAGUUCGAGGGGCCGCCUGAGCCAUCGGCAGCGCAGCAACGGGGAGAGGGAGACGAAGAUGUGUUGCGUGGGUGGCAGACGGGCGAAUGGGGCGGGUGGGAGUGUUACAUGGCUCCGCAUGACGAGGAAGACGAUCCGGCCGUGUACCGAUCCGGGUCGAGUAAAAACAACCCGAACGGGCAUGGGAAUGGAAACGGACACGGAAAUGGCCCGAAUGGCCACGCUCAGGAGGGGUCGGAUCCAGCGCAAGAGGACAUGGACGAAGACGAAGACGACGACGACAAUGCUACGCUCUUGACGGUGCAGCCCGGCUUCAAUCGAUUGCUGCUGGUCCUGCGCGACGAGGGUGUGAUGCGUUUCGUCAAGUAUGUCUCGGCUGCCGCUCAGGGUUCACGGUGGGAUAUUUGUGGGGAGUUCGAGAUUGGCAUGGUCGAAGAGGACGACGAUUAG